AUGGGACAGCAAGUUCAUAAUCAAGCUGCCGCUGCUGCUGCAGUCCCACCUGCUGAAGUCCAACCUGGGAUUGUGAUCGAUAGGAGACUGAUGCAUAAGCUGAUAGAGCAGUUCCUAAGACUUAAGUCACCGAGGUUCAAUGAUGUGGGCAACCCUAAGACUGCAACCCUUUGGUUAAGGGAUGUUAAGAAGAUCUUCACCAUGCUGAGGUGUUUAGAGGAAGAUCGAGUACUUCUGGCAACUUAUCAGCUUCAAGGUAACGCCAGUACGUGGUGGGAAGCCACUCAAAGAAGAGUGUUCCCGGAAGGCAUAGCUCAGACUUGGGGUGCCUUUUGUGAGGCCUUCAAUGGAAAGUCCUUCUUAGACAGUGUGAGAGAGUCCAAGAUGGUAGAGUUCUGA